GUCUCUAGAGGGAGACCCUUGGCCUGGCUAAAGACAUGGGCAGCCCACAGGAACCUGCCAGAUGUCCCGCCCGAGGGGCGUGCCCUGUGUUCCUGGCCAUGAGCUCAGGGACUGUCCGUUAUGCCCCAUCAGGCCUGAGUCCUGACCUUGAGGGGAGCUUGGGAGAGGAGGCCUGGGACACAGACAGCCAGCCCUCGCCGGACGAGGGCCGCCCACCGCCCCUCGGGGCUGUCCCGGGCGCCUGGAAGAGCCUCAAAGGCCGCCGGGAGUCCCCGGGAACCCCGGCGGAGACCUCAGCCGGAGAGGAGGGCCCUGCCGCCGCCCAGCUGGACGUGGCGCGCCUGCGCAGCUCGUCAGUGGAGAUCCGCGAGAAGGGCUCGGAGUUCUUGAAGGAGGAGCUGCGCCGCGCACAGAAGGAGCUGAAGUUGAAGGACGAGGAGUGUGAGCGGCUUUCCAAGGUGCGCGAGCAGCUGGAACAGGAGCUGGAGGAGCUCACGGCCAGCCUGUUCGAGGAAGCCCACAAGAUGGUGCGAGAAGCCAACAUGCAGCAGGCAGCGUCUGAGAAGCAGCUGAAGGAGGCGAGGGGCAAGAUGGACAUGUUGCAGGCAGAGGUGACAGCCUUGAAGACCCUCGUCAUCACGUCCACCCCUGCCUCCCCCAACCGCGAGCUCCACCCCCAGCUGCUGAGCCCCACCAAGGGCAGCCCCCGAAAAGGCCACGCCCGCCACAAAAGUACCAGCAGCACCCUGUGCCCAGCCGUGUGCCCUGCCGCAGGACAUACCCUCACCCCGGACAGGGAGGGCAAGGAGCCCAUGCUGCCCCCCCUCCUGUCCCUGCUCCUCUGCAUUGUCCCCAGCAGGGCAAUCCAUCUCACCUACGAGCCUGCCUGGCAGCUCCCGCCUGGGGAGCCGCCUGCCACCCCUACCUCUGCUCCCUCUCUCUCUCUGUCCCGCCAGGUGGACACGAUCCUCUUUGCCGAGUUCCAGGCAUGGAGGGAGUCCCCCAGCCUGGACAGGACCAGCCCCUUCAUGGACAGGGUGUACCGGGAGGAUGUGGGGCCCUGCCUGGACUUCACCACUCAGGAGCUCUCGGCACUGGUGCGGGCAGCCGUGGAGGACAACACACUCACUAUUGAGCCCGUGGCCUCACAGACGCUGCCCAUGGUGAAGUUGGCCGAAGCCCAGAGUGGCAGCACCAACACGUGUGCCCUAAGCGGGCUGGCCCGCGCCUGCCGCCACCGCAUCCGGCUGGGUGACUCCAAGAGUCACUACUACAUCUCGCCGUCCUCCCGGGCCAGGAUCACGGCUGUGUGCAACUUCUUCACCUACAUCCGUUACAUCCAGCAAGGCCUGGUGCGGCAGGACGGAGGCCUGAGGCAAGGCCCAGCCUGCCGGGGCUGCCGGGCCGGAGCGGACACCAGCCUGGGGACAGAUGGACAGAAAGGAGGACAGGGUCAUGGAGCCAGCCUGGAGCCAGAAGCCACACAUCUGCCCCAGGACAGACAAACAGCCGGCUUGGGGAGGCUUCUCUCGUCUCCCUGGACUCCACCGCUCACCAGAGACUUUGAGAGAAACCAAAGAUAGGGAUGUGAGGGGCUGUGCCCAGGGGUCUCAGCCUUGGGAGGGGCUCCUGGAGUAGCCAACACCCUCCCUCCCAACACACACACCUGGAGCCUUGUAGCCUUCCUGACCUCCCAAAUGGGGGCUGCAGGGGGUGGUCUGGACCCUAACUCCCAAAUACUGAGCCACCAGCAUCCUCCUGUGGCCACCCCUUACCGGACUCCCAGGUGGUCUCCGUGGUGGGCUGAGUGCCCCAAAUUGGCCCUGAACCCUUUCCCAGCAUCCCCUGCUGUCCCAAGUGCCCAUGGAACAGCAGGGCUGGGCAGGGCCAGCAGGACCUCCAUGCCCUCUCCACUCCCACCUGGCAUGGUUCAGAACUGCCCCAGGGGGUCUUCAGGAGGAUCCAAACCCCUCUUCCUGCACACUCCCUGUCUCCGCCCUGGGCUUCCUGGAGGCGCUGGGACACCCUGCCUCGGGCGCCCACACCCAGCAGUGAGUGGCCACGCCGACAAAGGGGCCGAGCCCACUGGGCCUUGGAGGGGGCACCUCACCCACUUUGCCCAUGCAGCGUGCAGCCUGCUUGGCCCAGGGCACAUCCCUCAGCAUGUGCGGAUUUUCUUCUGAGUGGAAUGUAACGCGAUCUCUAUUUAAUAAAGGACGGCUUUGUUGGUCGA